UAAAGUGAUAAUUAGAACUGUGUUGUGUAGGUAAUCAAAAACCCUAGCCUUCACCCUUUCAGCCUUUUUUCUUUUCAUCUUAGACCAUGUUUGGUUAAGUUCAAUCGUCCCAAGAGAAAGACGAAGAAGAAGAAGAAGAGAAUUAGGGAUAGGGCAGGGAUUAGGGAUGUAUAAAGAACGAGGAGGUGUUGCCGUCACUGUUUCUGCUUCCAAAUCGGAGGAUCGGAAGCGAAUCAACGACGUUCUCGACAAGCACCUCGAACGAUCCUCGCCCUCCACCUCUCGCCCCAUCAACGCCACCUCUAAAAAUUCCAACCUCCAAGCUGAGGAAUCUGAAACGGAGAGUGAAGAGUCCGAUGUUAGCGGUUCGGAUGGAGAUGACACCUCUUGGAUCUCUUGGUUCUGCAAUCUUAGGGGAAACGAGUUCUUUUGCGAGGUCGAUGAUGAUUACAUCCAGGAUGACUUCAACCUCUGUGGAUUGAGCAGUCAAGUGCCCUACUAUGAUUAUGCCCUUGAUUUGAUUCUCGAUGUCGAAUCAUCCCACGGUGACAUGUUCACGGAGGAACAGAACGAGUUGAUUGAAUCAGCG